AUGGCUUUAUCAAACAAUAAUAAUUUAGUAAAUCCUUCGACUAGUGGAAAUUAUUCAUUACCAGCAACAGUACCGGACGCAAGGGAAGAAGAAGAAAACGAUUUACCGAAUUUAGUUCGUCAAGUGAGUAUUCUUCAAACAGACAAAGUUUUACGUGACCAUGAUAAUAAACAAAUCUGUGCUGAACGUGUUGAAACUAUUUCUAAUUGUUAUGCAGAAAUUUUAAAUAGUCUUGGAGAAGAUAUUCAUCGACAAGGUUUAUUAAAAACACCAAAACGAGCAGCAGAAGCAAUUUUAUUCUUUACAAAAGGAUAUGAACAAGCGGUUUCGGAUGUUGUCAGUGAUGCUGUUUUUGAUGAAGAAUGCGAUAAUAUGGUUGUUAUUAAAGAUAUUGAUAUAUUCUCAUUAUGUGAACAUCAUUUAGUUCCUUUUUUUGGUAAAGUUUCAGUUGGAUAUUUACCAAAUAAAAAAGUUAUUGGUUUAAGUAAAGUAGCAAGAAUUGUUGAAGUAUUCAGUCGUCGUCUUCAAGUUCAAGAACGAUUAACUCGAGAAAUUGCUGAAGCAGUAAAAGAAGCAGUCGAUCCUCGUGGUGUUGGUGUUAUUGUUGAAUGCGUUCAUAUGUGUAUGGUGAUGCGAGGCGCACAGAAAGUUAAUUCACGAACAAUAACUUCUGCAAUGAUUGGUAGUUUUCAAGAAGAUGUCAAAACGCGAGAAGAAUUUGUUUCUCUUACAAGAUCAAAAUAG